GCGGAGCCGGAGGGAAGAAAGAAACAAGAAAAUUAAUGAUCGACGGAAGUUCCCUAGGUAAUAGGUAUUUGUAUUGCCGAUUUAAUUAUUAAUACAGUUAAUUUUUGAUUUGAUCGAUGAUUGACUGUACCAAGUACCAACAGAACUGUUCGUUACUUGCAAAGUUAGUGCUUUCGUGAAUAUUCGGCGUGAAUUAAAUUGAACGACCAACAAGUCACCAAGUCACCAUACCAAGCGCCUCUGAAGUUUGAAAUUGAUAUGUGAUUUUUAUGGUAACAUUCGAUAAUUUGAUUUCGAGUUGGUUAAAUUUCUACUAUAUUGGUUCGUAUAUCGCAUCACUAUGACGGAUUCCAAGUACUUCACAACCACCAAAAAGGGAGAAAUUUUCGAACUAAAAUCCGAGUUGAAUAGCGAUAAGAAAGAGAAGAAACGCGAAGCUGUGAAAAAAAUAUGUAACGAUUUUGAUUAGGUAAUAGCCUCGAUGACAGUUGGUAAAGAUGUGUCAGCUCUGUUUCCCGAUGUAGUUAAUUGUAUGCAAACGGAUAACUUGGAAUUGAAAAAGUUGGUUUACUUGUAUUUAAUGAAUUACGCGAAAAGCCAUCCCGAUAUGGCCAUUAUGGCUGUAAACACAUUUGUCAAGGACUGCGAAGAUACCAAUCCUCUUAUUAGAGCGUUAGCCGUACGUACGAUGGGUUGUAUACGUGUCGAUAAAAUAACCGAAUAUCUGUGCGAACCGUUGAGGAAAUGCUUGAAAGACGAAGAUCCUUACGUUAGAAAAACUGCCGCAGUAUGCGUAGCGAAAUUAUACGACAUAAACGCGCAAUUGGUCGAAGAUCAAGGAUUUUUGGACCAGCUGAAGGAUUUGCUGUCCGAUUCCAAUCCGAUGGUUGUCGCUAACGCGGUUGCUGCGCUUUCGGAAAUGAACGAGACCAACACCAGCGGAUCGAUGUUGAUCGAGAUGAAUUCGCAAACGAUUAAUAAGUUGCUGACCGCUCUUAACGAAUGUACCGAAUGGGGUCAAGUGUUCAUUUUGGAUUCGCUGGCGAAUUACGCGCCGAAAGACGAUCGCGAGGCUCAAAGCAUUUGCGAAAGGAUUACACCUAGACUCGCGCACGCUAACGCCGCUGUCGUAUUGUCGGCGGUUAAAGUGCUGAUGAAGUUUAUGGAAAUGUUGCCAUCCGAUUCGGACUUCGUGGCCACUCUAACGAAGAAAUUAGCUCCUCCAUUGGUAACCUUAUUGUCGUCGGAGCCCGAAGUGCAAUACGUGGCUUUACGUAACAUUAAUUUGAUCGUACAAAAACGACCCGACAUUCUAAAGCACGAGAUGAAAGUGUUUUUCGUCAAGUAUAACGAUCCUAUUUACGUUAAGCUGGAGAAGUUGGAUAUUAUGAUACGCUUGGCGUCUCAAGCUAAUAUCGCUCAAGUUUUAUCCGAAUUAAAAGAGUACGCGACCGAGGUGGACGUUGAUUUUGUGCGAAAAGCCGUUCGUGCGAUCGGUCGAUGUGCUAUCAAAGUCGAACAGUCAGCCGAGAGAUGUGUUUCAACCUUAUUGGACCUGAUUCAAACCAAAGUUAAUUACGUCGUUCAAGAAGCCAUUGUCGUCAUAAAAGAUAUAUUUCGUAAAUAUCCCAACAAAUACGAAAGUAUCAUAUCGACAUUGUGCGAAAAUUUGGAUACGUUGGACGAGCCAGAAGCUAGAGCGUCGAUGAUAUGGAUAAUUGGCGAGUACGCUGAACGAAUAGACAACGCUGACGAGUUACUAGAAAGUUUCUUAGAGGGUUUUCAAGAUGAAAAUACGCAAGUACAACUACAGUUGUUGACUGCUAUCGUGAAAUUGUUCUUGAAGAGGCCGACAGAUACGCAAGAAUUGGUGCAACAGGUCUUAAGUCUGGCUACGCAAGACUCCGAUAAUCCUGAUUUGCGAGAUCGUGGUUUCAUUUAUUGGCGAUUAUUAUCAACCGAUCCGGCUGCUGCCAAAGAAGUGGUCUUGGCUGAGAAACCGUUAAUUUCCGAGGAAACGGAUUUAUUGGAACCGACACUUCUGGACGAAUUAAUUUGCCACAUUUCCAGUCUAGCUUCCGUUUAUCAUAAACCGCCGUCUGCUUUCGUCGAAGGUAGACCAGGUUUUCGAAAAUCGUUGCCCGCAAGAAACGAUACAGGCUCGACGUCCGCAUCAACUACGGUAGUGUCGCAACCGGCCGUUAUACCCUCUCAGGAUACGCUCAUAGGCGAUUUGUUAAGUAUGGAUUUGAACGUUCCGCCAGCCACGUACAACACCGCCGCUCCGAGUCCGUCUGUGGACUUUUUAGCUUCCGGCAUCGACAGUCUGUUAACUUCGGAUGUCAACUCGUCUACAUCAGUUACCGCUGCUCCAGUGUCGCAAUCGACUACCGGAAUAUUGGGCGAUAUUUUUGGUUUCGCUCCCACGUCCGCCUCUUAUGUACCGCCCAAGCAAAUUUGGUUGACCGCUGAAAAUGGUAAAGGAUUGGAAGUAUGGGGCAGUUUUUCCAGAAAGAACAAUCAAAUCAACAUGGAAUUCACGUUUAAAAAUAAAGCAAUGCAACCGAUGAUGGAUUUCGCCAUUCAGUUGAAUAAAAACAGUUUUGGAUUGACACCUCAGCGACCGUUGCAAGUAGUCAGCCCGUUGAUCCCCGGCGGUUCUCAGGAUAGUACCUUACCUCUGAGUACGAGCGGCGCUGUAUUGCGAAUGGAUCCGUUAACGAAUUUGCAGGUGGCAGUUAAGAACAGCAUCGACAUAUUUUAUUUCGCUUGCGUCGUACCUAUGCACGUAUUUUUCAUGGAAGACGGCGAAAUGGAUAAACGAUUGUUCUUGAACACGUGGAAAGAUAUUCCAUCCCAAAACGAGGUGCAAUACACCAUACGUAAUGUUCCAUGUAACGCUGAUGCCGUGGUGCAAAAAAUGCGACAAAACAACGUAUUUAAUAUUGCCAAAAGAAACGUCGAAGGUCAAGAUAUGCUGUAUCAAUCUCUCAAGCUGACUAACGGUAUUUGGGUGCUGAAUGAAUUGAAAAUUCAACCAGGAAAUCCAAAUAUUACGUUGUCUUUGAAGACCCAAGCUUUGGAUGUCGCGCCCGGAGUUUAUCACGCCUACGAAGCGAUUUUACGCAACUGAAUGUGGACUGCGGUACAUUUACUUAUAUUUAUUUACGACGAAGUCGCUUCUUUUUUUCAUACAUGUUUGGUACCUAUAUAUCUCCUUAAUAUUUAUUCGAAUAAAAGCGUCGAUAUGGGGUAUCGCGUAUUGUAACGCUUGCCUACGUUAUCAUAAGUAAGAAAUUGUGUUUUAUACAAUUUCAGUAUUAUUAUAAUUAUGUGUAUGUAAUUGUAUGUACUUGGAUGUGCAUUGUAGUCGAUUACCUUCUAUUUCAUUUUAUGUACCUAUGUACACGAUCGUACUUGUCAAUCUCGCGUACUCGUAUGCCACACUUCAUAAGUAUUACUCGCGUGCGGCUCUUGGCGCGUUAUUUUCCAUUAUCAUUCCGCGAGUCAUGUUUCAUUUAUUUAUUUAUUUAUUUACCUAUGUAUUUAAUGUAUCACGCAUUCGUUAUUUUAGUAAAUAAAUAAUCUUUAUUAUCGUUGAAAA